CCUCCUCCUCCUCCUCCUCCUCCUCCUCCUCCUCCUCCUCCUCCUCCUCCUCCUCUGCUUUGUCUGCCUGUCGCUGUCUCUUCUUCACCUCCUCUCCUUCACUCCACUGAUCCUGAACACUGAGGAUGGAGAAAGCAGCUGAGGUGCUGUUGCCCCCCCAACCUGACAAGAUGUCUCCCCCUCUGGAUCCUCAGAGCUCAGAGGGUGAGGUGGCAACAUCUAGAGGUUGCGCCUCUUCCUUCGACCAUAUGGAGGAGUUCCAUCGACGACUGGAGGACAUCAUCAGCACCUACGGCUCUGCAAUCGGCCUCCAGGACAAACCGAGUGUGGUGGAGGCAGAGAUGGAGAAGAUGAAGGAGGAGGCCAAAGGUGACAUCACAGUUUCCAUGGACACAGAUAUCUCCCUCAUCAUGCAGAGUCUGAACGAGCUCUCGUCCCCAGAACAGAAACUGGAAGAUCUGGUCAGAAAGUACGCUGAAAUGGCAGCCUUGCGGCGCUGUGAUGAGCAGAGGCUGUGUGUCCUGCAGCAGAAACUGUCCAUCCUGCAGGAGGAGCGGAAGCAGCUGCAGGCCGAGCGUCGCAGUGGUGUAGCAGCUCGCAGCAAACUGGAGACUCUGUGCAGAGAGCUGCAGUCACACUACAACGUCAUGAGGGAGGAGACUCUUCAGCGCUGCAAGGAGGAUGAGGAGAAGAGGAAGGAGAUCACCAGCCACUUCCAGACCAUGCUGACAGAGAUCCAGACUCAAAUCGAGCAGCACAGUGCCCGAAACGACAAGCUGUGCCACGAAAACACCCAUCUCACGGACAAACUGGAGAGUCUGAUGAACCAGUGUGAGCGCAGGGAGGAGAGUUUGGAGAAGAUCAACAAGCACCGUGACCUGCACCACCAACUGACUGAAGCCAAACUGCAGCAGGCCAACGCUUUGCUGGCUGAAGCUGAGGACAAACACAAGAGAGAGAAGGAAUACUUACUGGUUCAGGCUGCUGAGUGGAAACUGCAGGCUCAGACACUCAGAGAACAGGGGACUGUCAUGCAGGCACAGUUGACCCUCUAUGCUCAGAAGUUUGACGAGUUUCAGGCAACACUGGCCAAAAGCAACGAAAUCUACGUCCGAUUCAAAAAGGAGAUGGAUAAUAUGUCAGACAAGAUGAAGAAGGUGGAGAAAGAGUCGAAUCUGUGGAAAACAAGAUUUGAGAACUGCAACAAGGCUCUGACUGAUAUGAUUGAAGAGAGGACCGAGAAAAGCAAAGAGUACGACCUGUUCGUCCUGAAGAUUCAGAAGCUGGAGAAACUUUGUCAUGCCCUACAAGACGAAAGAAAAGUCCUCUAUGACAAGAUCAAGGAAGUUCGUCUCACUAAUGCCAACAUCCCGGGGAAGUACUUAGGUACCUCAAACCUUGGUGACAACCCCGACGCUGAAGGUGCCGACAAAUCUGCCCUCCUGACUGCCGAGGAGCUCCAGGAGCUCCAGGCAGACGACCCGGUCCUAACAGAGGACAUGAGCCGUCUGAGAGAGGAGCAGACCAAGCUGCAGCAUUUCGCUGCCUCCCUGUUGGCCACACCUUCCGAUGAUGAAAAAGAUGAAAAUGAUGAUUUAGCCAUUGAAGAAGACGACAUUGCUUCUGCGUUUGGUCAGUUUAAAACCAAAACUCAGGUCAAAGAAGAUGUGAUUUCAGUUCCUGAGCAGGUGGAAAAUGUAAAAUUACAGGGAGCAGAAUCUGAUCUCCCACUGCCAGUCAAAGUUGAGGAGAUUCAAAAUCCAGUCGUCCCCACACCAGAAGCUGCUACACCUGAGCAGACGACCAGUGACACAAUGCCACCACAACCAAAUCUAAAGGUUCAGACACAAGUCGAGGUUGCAGAGAUGCAACAAGUUCAACCCAGUAAGCAGAUUCAGCAGCAGCAACCUGUUGCACCGGAGCCUGAAAACGCCAAGGUUGAUCCACCAACAGAAGCAACAAAGGCUGAGAUCCUGGAGGAGACUGGUGAGGUCAAACCAGUGGCCAUGAUGGAAGAGCGGAAGGCCCAGCAGCAGCCAACUGAACCAGAAGAAGCACCAACAACCUCAGCGUCUACUCCACCUCCUGCAAGCACAUCUAAAACUGCUGCCUCCUCAGAAGUCAACUCUUCCAAGAGGCAGGCACCAAAGAAAAAGAAGAAGAGGAAUGGCAAGAACGCUAGCUAAACUCUAGGUUAUGCUAAACUGUAGGAUGUGCAGAUGGUGUGUGUGUGUGUGGUGUUAUUUGGGGAUAGUGAGUGUAACAUAAACCUUACUGUGCCUUUGCAACUUCUUUUUGUAAAAGUUAAAAUCUUUAGUUUGUCCCAGCUGGUGCAGCUGAGCGUUUCAACGAUUCAAUGUCUCCAGAUGAGGACGGACAAAUAAGCCAGCUGUAUUUUACAGUUUAAAUGUCAGAAUGGAGAGUAAAGAGAGUAAAAGGCCGCAUUGUCUGGGAAAUUUAGUGAACAGAAGUGCUAUGAGGAAUACGUGAAGCAUUGUGAAACAGUCAUUGGUUGGUAAUAAUGCCGGUAGAAAUGCAUCUGUUUGAAACUAAAAAUCAUGUCGCAUUAAGGCGACUCCAAUAAAGCAAUUUUUUUUGACAGA